CAGAGGACGCCGAGACAGAGACGUUCUCAAGGGAACCCACCAGUUAGAAAAAAAAUGACUAAAAGCUACACUCUGCGGCAUCACAGAAGAGUAACCUCUGAUGCCAGUGAGCUAAAGAUGUUCUGGGAGAAAAAAAUCGAAUAUCAUGCAAAACAGCUCCAAGACGAAGAGCUGAGAGUCAGCCGGAGCGCCUUGAGCAGGCUCCGCGACGAAUGGGCCCGGAAGCUGGAGGGCAGAAACAAGAUGCUGCAGGGCCCCCCAGGGGUGCCCAAGAUGAGCUCCCUGCUGCCCAUCGAGUCCUUUCACCCAGAAGACAAGACGGCCGCCUGAGGCACCCAAAGGUGCUGAGGCACAGCUUCCAGUGGGCCCGC